AGAGAGAGAGGGGAGUUGCAGAUGCUGUGGAAAUGGGGAAGUUGGCAGAGCAGCAGCAACAGCAGGGUCAGGGGACUCGAUCUCGGAGUACUGAUUCGCCAAUCUUCUGCGAUUCGUGUUCGACGUGUCUCUCUAGAAUUGUUUCGGAGUUCAAUCUCAAAUGCGUGGUUGUUUUGAUUUUCAGCUUGUGUGUGUUCCUCUCUGCGAUGUUUUGGGUCCUUCCUCAUCACUCAACACUCUUUGGGUUUGAUGCAAAAUACACAAUCAAGCACAGUGCUACAGUUCAGGCAUACUUCAGACUGGAAAAGCCAGUUUCAGUGCUAGUUCCACACAUUGGAAGAUUAGAGUAUGAUAUCUAUAGCGAAAUAGGUGUCCCUGGUGCAAAGGUUGCCAUUCUAUCCAUGCAUCAAGAUGAUGCAUAUGAUGCUACUAAUGUGGUGUUCGGCGUUCUUUCUGAUCCCAUUGAUGUUUCAAUUAACCCAGUGUCCUUAAGUGUACUGAGAUCAUCUUUGAUAGAAUUGUUCCUUCGGCAAUCUAAUUUGACUUUGACAACUCCAAUUUUCGGAAUACCAUCUUCUUUUCAAAUUUUGAAGUUUCCGGUGGGAAUCACUGUAAUCCCUGAGCCGUCUGCUUCCAUUUGGCAGAUAUACCAGAUCCUCUUUAAUUUUACUCUCCAUAAUUCUAUUGAUGAAAUAAAUGAAAAUCUUGCUGAGUUGAAGGAACAGCUGAAGUCGGGAUUGCAUCUGAGGCCUUACGAGAAUGUGUAUGUGCAGGUAACAAACAGAAAUGGCUCAACAAAAGAUCCUCCUGUUACAGUUCAGGCUUUGGUGAUGUCUGAUAUGGGCAACCUUUUGCCCGAAAGAUUGAAGCAAUUGGCUCAAGCAAUCACAGGGUCUCCCACAAAGAAUCUUGGCCUCGAUAAUUCUGUUUUUGGUAAAGUUAAAGAAAUAAGUCUAUCUUCUUAUCUAAAUCAUACACUCGAUGCAACCCCACCGACCCCUUCUCCAGCCCCAGCUCCAGAGCAAAAUAAUUAUGCAGAACCCUCUGCUGCCCCAUCUCCAGCUCCCUCGUCUGAUUUUCAUCAUCACUUACCAUGUGUUAACUGUGAGGCUUCAUCACCGUCUGAUGAUAACUACUCAGAUCCACCAAGUCCUGAAAAUGGACCCCACCAUUCUUUACCUCCAAUUUCAGGUUCUCCUGCACCUUCAAUGGUGGGUACUCACCCCCCUUGCCCUUGUCCACGUUGUGGUUCCACAAUUGCAGCAAGCCCCUCACCGUCAUCUAAUUCUCACCCGAAUGCUCCUUCAGCCUUUUCACCCCGUGGUCCUAGUCCUAGUCCACAUCCUGUGGUUUCCACACCACAGUUGACCCCAGAUCUUUCUCCUCUACCUGCUGUAUCCUACGGAUCCAGUCCGAGACAGGAGAGGGGAAAUGUGAGAAAGUCGUUAUCUCCACCACUUGCCUCACCCGCAAUCUCGCCAUCUCCUUCUUCUUUUGCUAUAGGUCCUUCAUACGGGGAGAUGUGGUGGUUUUGUUUCUGUGGACUACUGUCAUUCCAUCUCCUAUGUUGGUCAUAACAAUACAUUAUUUACUGAUGAUACUACAUAAACACAAUUUCCAAGCGUGCAGCAUACGACAACUUAAAGUUUCGCUCUGGCUAUAGGAUGAUAGCAGCGGAGGCCAAAGCCAAGAAGGUGGCAGGCUUCUAUCUCUACACUGCGACGUGGAAUGAAAGCAAGGGAUGUUUUUUCGUAAGAGAGUAACUCCUAAGACGGUAACUAGUUGAGAAGUCGACGUAACUUUGCAGGAUUUUCAAAGAGAACCACAGCAUUUAGUAACAAGUGUAAAAUAUAUUUGGUUCUUUUUGACCGUCUGCAAUUCUGAGGUAACACCAAAUGUGUAAACAAAGGAAUGAAUUUAACUUAUCUUCCCAGAUUAAUGGAAAUACAAUAGUACAUGUUUUUCUUGGAAUCA